AACAGAAGUACAUCGAACAGCAACCAGCAGACACAAUUAAAGUGGCUCUAGAUUGAGGCUCAAGACGCAGAACGAUAAAACAAAAUGAAGGUCGUAUUCAUGGCUUUGUUGCAAUGCCUCUCCAUUACGAGGAUUCGAUCUGGACCUUCGAGUACAAUGUUUUCAUCACAAACAACAACCUACGAGACUAUAAUUGAUGGCAAGAUGUUACCAAAUGCCGAGCUUAUUACGGUGUUUGUUGAGAAUGUACUGCAGUGUCUCAGAGAGUGCAAUAAGAGGAAUACAUGUGUCUCGGUGAAUUUUAAAGUAAUGGACCCAAGUGGUGGUGGCAAGCGGUGUGUGUUGAGCAAUGAAAUUAUUGGAGAAGACUUUACUUUACAGGAAGACAACGACUAUCAGUAUGUACAGAUGUCCAAACAACACCUUGCAAAUUCUAAAACGACGUGCUCAAGAGAAGUCAACAAAAGAAAACUAUUCUGUGACGCAAAAUCAUGUGGCAGCAGCAAACAUACUUACAAUGGGCACUGCUAUGAGUUUGUCGAAUCGCCAAUGAAGAAUUAUGAUGAUGCUUCAAUGUAUUGUCAGGCAUCUAAUGGCUAUCUGGUUUCCGUUAACGAUGAGUUAGAGAGUAACUUUUUGAACACCAUUAUUGAUGGUACAGCUGAUAUGACAUACAUGGGUUUGAAACAAAAUAACCCAUCUGUAAACAUUUAUGAAACUUGGAACGAUGGCACUCCUCUUGGAUUUACAAGUUGGGCGGCUGGUCAACCCGGUUCUGCGGGUGAGCAAUGUGUUACAUUUUAUCCACCUGAUCAGACAUGGCAUGACGUCUCCUGUGGAUAUACUUGUCAGUUUAUAUGUGAGUCGCAACAAGGACCCUCGUUGGACUCAUUGGAUGGUCCUUACUUUCUCCAGCCCAAAAGUGAUAACUCGAGCUACAUUGGGGUUCUGAAUACAAACCAACUCUGGCUCUCUAAUCAAACCGUCACCUCGGAAGCGUUCUAUUUUCAGACCCCUGGAAACACACGGCAAAACAACUCGGUCUCGCUCAUUUCUGACGACAAGGGAGGGAACGUGAUACAUGUAGCUGCUCAGACUGUCUCACUACAGAACGAGGAGGAUCAUGCUUCUAACGUCAAUUUUUCAGAAGAAUCAACAUUUACAUUUGUUGAAGAUGAAUUUUGGCCAGGAUUUAUAACAUUAUACUCCUCUACUGGAGACUACUUGAGAGUUUCAGGAGGGCAGCUGGUUGCACAAGUUUAUGAGAAUACUGAUGUAUUCAAAAGUAGUGCAAGUUUUCAGUUGAUAAUCUCUCCUUGA